AUGGUUCAAUAUGUGCCGAUAAUGAUGGCUCCGCAAUCUCUUCAGAUGUUCCCAACUCAACUGAAUCAGCCAGUGAUACAGUCCUCUAUCCUAAUGUCUCCUCCUCAACAACCUUCUCCGUCACAAAAUCAGCCAUCACGAGCCUACGAAGAAAUUGCACCACAAGAUCGGCUCGCAUCGCAAUUAUCGCACCAUCGAGAGCUAAGCUCACAGAGUCGUGUCAGAAGUGACGAUGAGGAUCGCCAUCGCGACUACGGUGCUCCUACUAUCCCUAGAGCUGACUUUAAUUCAAUCCGUUCGCUAUCAAGCGUUGUUACUCGAGGCGGCGAAUGUGAUUCGCGUAUGUUGAACAGCCGUUGCGAUCAAGUGCCUAGCGUCUACUCUACGAUAUCGGUAGCAUCACGUAUUCGGAAUAUGCCUGUUCCAAAUAACAAUAGAGAUGUGGAUCGAUUUUUGGAUGAGGUCUUCGACCAGCAAGAUUCUUCUGAUUCAUUUGCUUCCGACGUUUGUACUAUGCGUGAAUACGUGCCAUCAGCACAAGGUACACCAUCUGUACAAAGAUCAUCCAGGCCAUAUGAAGGUGUUGGAAAAGCAAAUAAUGGAAUUUAUGAACCCCAACAAAUGGUAUGUAUUGCAUGCCAUCUCGUCAAGGACUAUCGCCGAGAAGACAACGGUAAGUGA